AUGUCACGAUCCCGUUCUAGAAGUCGCUCUUAUUCUUCUUAUUCUUCAAGGAGCCGUUCCUAUUCUCGUAGUCCGUCUUAUUCACGAAGUCGUUCUCGCUCACGUUCGUCUUAUCCCGCUCGUAGGAAGCGGUCCAUGUCGCCACUGCCGACUAAGAUACUGGUAGAAAAACUGACUAAGAAUGCGACAGUAGCUCAUUUGAAUGAGAUUUUUGGUGCUUAUGGACAUAUUAAUGGCAUCGAUAUGCCAACAAACAAAAAGUGGUCGGUGAAUAGAGGCGUUGCAUACAUAGAAUAUGAGACUAGAAGUGAGGCGGAAAAGGCUAUUAGUUACAUGGAUGGGGGUCAAUUGGAUGGGGCGGUUCUUUCAUGCGCAUUUGUUCCACGACGACCAUCACCGCCACCACCAUCAAUACGUCGCAGAGGCAGAGGUAGAGCGGACGUUACAUAUCUCCUAGACGGUUCACUGGAAGCAGUUAUAGAGCACGAGGCAGGUCGCCGUUGCGACGAUAUUCUCGAUCUCGAUCUCGAUCGCCUGUACACAGAAGACGUUCGUAUUCUUAUAGUUCGUACAGUUCCAGAAGUAGAUCUAGAACACCAUAUUCUAGAAGUCGUAGUCGGAGUUAUACAGCAAGCAGGAAACAAAGGAUUUCUGUGA